CUGCUCCUCUCACCUCUUCCCACCAGGGCACCUGGGGUGUGGGCACCUAGGGCCGGGGGCGAUGGGCAGGGGGGAAAUUUAGGGCCACCAAACAAAACGAGUUCAGAGGAAAGUACUGCACGGGACACAUUUGCUUUAUUUAUUUAGUUUCAUUUUUUUUGAGACAGGGUCUCCCCAUAUAGCUCAGGUUGGCCUUGAGUUGGUGGAGAUCCUCCUGCCUCAGCCUCCCGAGUGCUGGGAUGACAGGCAUGCACCACCAUGCUUGGCUUGCAUGGCAAUUGGGUUAUUUGAUUUUCCUGAGAGGGUAGGCAUAAAACCCAGGGCUGCACCUGUGCUGGGCAAAGGCUUACCCCUAGGCUGUACUUCCAGCCUGUAACACAGUAUUUUGAACAAAAAUGUAUAGCCAGGCUUGGUGAUACACAGCUGUUAUCCCAGGGAGGCUGAGGCAGGAAGACUGCUGAGAGUUGGAGGCCAGCUUGGACUAUGUAGUGAGUUAAAGGCCAACCUGAGCAACAGAGUAAGACCUUGUCUCAAAAAACAAAAACAAAACCCACAGGCAGCAAAAUAUUGCGUCCUACAUAAAGCCAGACAUGAAGGUGCACACCUGUCAUUCGAGCUACUUUGAAGGCUGAGGCAGGAGGAUCAAAAGCUCAAAUCCAACGCAAGGCAUGCGUGAAAUAUGAGCGCCCGCGCAGCGCCACCCGGAAGUAUCUGCCCCCUGGAUGGCUGCAGAUGGCCUGGGAGGUCCCAGAGGACAGUACGCAGCUGCAGUUCCGGCGCCGAGGGCCUGGCCGCGCAUGGGAGCUGGGUGACUGCGGGCUGCAGGACGAGCCUGGCUUCGGUGGUGGUGACCAUGGCGACAGCGGUCGCUCCAGGUCCUGCCUGUGUCCUCUGGAGGCUGCCGAGGCCCAGGAAUUCCAGUUCCGCUGGCGGAGGCUGCAUUGGUCUGGGGCCCCGGGAGGCCCCUGGAGCGACUGGAGCGACCCCGAGUGCGUGCCCCCUGAAAGCUUCCCGCAGCCCGCGGUGACGCUGGAGCUGGCGCAGCUGGGCCAGGAUGGGCGCCGGAGGCUGCUGACCGCGCCUGAGCAGCUGCCAGAGCCCGAGCUUCCCGAGGGCUGUCGGGGGGCGACGUCCGGGGCGAAAGUCGCCUACUUCCUGCGAGUGCACAUGCGGUCCUGUCCCUGCCAGGCCAAGGCCACGCGGACCGUGCGCCUGGGGAGACGCAAGCUCCUCCUCUCGGGCGGCGCCUACGACGUGGCCGUCGUGGCCCGCACCAGCCUGGGCUGGGGCCCCGAGCAGAUGCUGCGGGUCCCCGCCGUGCCCGCCGCCACCCACACAGGACCCGAGGCCCUGACAGUGAGCGUGGGGGCCGACGGGACAGCCCUGCGCUGGGAGGCGCGGGCCCCGGGUGUGACCCACUGCGUGGAGUGGCAGCCAUGUGGCCAGGACACUGCCCCCAACUGCACUUUGCUGUCACCACAGGAUCCAGGCUCAGCAGGAUCAGGGACUCACAGCUGGAGCCCAGCUCCCGGGGCCACAGGACAGGACCAGUGUUUCCGUGUCAGCAUCUUCGCCUCUGCACACCCCGAGAAACCCACGGCGUGGUCAACCGUGCUGUCCUCCUACUACUUUGGGGGCAAUGCCUCCGUGGCCGGGACCCCGCCACAUGUGUGGGUGCAGAACUACAGCGAGCGCUCUGCGGCCGUGGCCUGGGCACCGUCCCCGCUGCAUGGCUGCCCUGGUGUCCUGACGGCCUAUGCGGUGCGCUGCGCAGAGGACGGCGGCCGUGUGGCAGAGUGGCUGGUGUCACCCACGGAGACCCAAGUCACCGUCCGGGACCUGCGGCCCGGCACCAGAUACACAGUGCAGGUGCGCGCAGACACAGCCUGGCUGCAGGGCACCUGGAGCCCGCCCCAGUACUUCAGCUUGGCCCCGCAGGAGUCCCAGGUGUUCAUCCUGUCCGUGUCCCUGGGCAGCUUUGUGACUAUCCUUCUGGUGGGCACCCUGGGGUGCCUCGGCCUGAGCAGUGCCUGUGGCCAACCUGGGUGGACUGCGUGGAGGAGGCGCUCCCGCCCGAGACGCUGGUGGUGGAGAAGUGCGAGGGCGCAGAUGAGGUGCCAGGGACAGAGCCGCCCUGGCACUCCCGGCUGGCCGCGCAGAACCGGGAACCUUCGGCGGCGGAGGAUGUCCCGCGUGCCCCGCUGCUGCUGGAGGCCCCGCGGCGGGGCUGCGGGCCGGGGGACGAGGCAGCGGCGCCGGACAGCGAUUGCGAUCACCCGGCCGGUUCUUAGGCGCCUGCCCACCUGGACGCCACAGGGCGUGCCCGGCCAAGCCCAGGCGGUGCAUCCUCGCCGCGGCCACCAGGGGGCACCCGCGCUCCCUCCUCCGCGCCCCAGUUUGCAAACGCGCUUUUCCGGUUUCGGAGCCAGGGCAGUGGUCAGCCCGCGGCCGCUGCAGUUUGUGGCAGAAAGGGGUGGGGCUGAGGCAAGGUGCAGGCUGGCGGCUGGUGGGGCCGCCCUCGAGAGCCUCAGUUUCCCCAGGGGAGCCUGCCGGAUGAGGAGAGUCUGAGGUCACCAAGGAGCUUGGAUCAGGCCGAUUGGGGACAUGGACUGUAACGCAGGACGCCUCGUGGCGGUCCGAGCCGGUUGGGCGUCCUGGGUCAGCAGAACUUUGGUUCAGCUUCGCGGGGCUGCGGUGGAAUCUGGGGGCUCGUGCACGCCAGUCCGUGUUUACUGAACAACUGUUGUGUGGCCAGUACUGGAGGCCUCUCACACCCGAGAUGCCAGCAGCUCCUGGGACGGGACCUGGGCUGCCCAGCGCACACCCUGCCUCAUCUUCCCAGAAACCUCUGUGUUUGUCAGCCAAGAUGGGACUAGACUGCAAGAGGUGACCCGGGGACUCAGCAGCCCCUGACCUCCGGCGCGUGCCCCCAACCCAGACUUUCUGUUCUUUCUCUUGUUUCUGUUGGGGUUUUUGGUUUGUUUGAGAGGUUUUUUUUUUUUUUUUUUUUUGUCUUUUUCCUUUUUAUCUGUACCGGGGAUCGAAUUCACGACUGCCUGCUUGCAAGGCAGGUGCUUAUGCCGCUGAGCUAAAUCCCCUGCCCCUGUUUGGGAGUUUUUUGAAACACGAUCUCACUAAGUAGCUCAGGCUGGCCUCAGACUCAGGACAAUCCUCCUGCCUCAGCCUCCUGAGUGUUGGGAUCCCAGUACACCUCACCAUGCCUAUACAAUUUCGCCCUUUGAAAUGCAAAAUUCAGUGAUUUUAUUACAUGCAGAGAUGCUGGCCCUCCCCGGCCCGGGCAGUCACCAGUCUGCUUUCUAUCUCUGCGGCUCUGCCUGAGCUAGACACUUCAUAUCACUGGGAUCACACCCUUUUGGCCUUGCGUGCCUGGCAGCUGUUACUCAGCCCUACAGUUCUGAGGUCCACCCAUACUAUGGCAUAGAGCAGCACCCUGUCCCUGUUCCUGGCUGAGUAAUAUUCCACAAGGGGACUGGCAAACCCCAUGUGUAUCUUCUCACUACUGACAGGCACCUGGCUGUUUCCACCCACAGCAGCUGUGAGGUUUUGGUGGAAACAGCGCCUAUCUUCAGCUCUCUUGGUUUGUACUGUAGGGAACUGGGUCAUGUGGGUGUGACCUGGGGCAGUCACGGCAGUGGCCUGUGGACUCCCUGCCAGCCCAGUGGCCUUGCCAAUAACAUCACUUUCCAUGGGCUCUUGUUUCUCUCGGGCAGGGGCCUGGGCCAGGCCAGAUCACCUGUGCAACCACCCCAACUCCGCCAAGGGUGACCUGGCGCUCACCUAGGGCUCAUGUUCACUACUUGAAUCUCAAGCUGGCGAUCCUCCUGCCUCAGCCUCCCAGAGCACAGGCUCCUUGGCCUCUGUUCCCUCUUCUUCCCGGCCUGUGCUUGCUCCUUGCUGUAUCCCCUCCCUCAUGAUGUCCCCACCAGCUCUGUCUCCUCAGAGGGGCCUCCUGGGCUCCAAAUCCCUGAGAAUGUUUAACUGAGCUCAGUUGGAACCCGCCCAAGUCCCCUGCUGCCGAGGCUCAUGUAGCCACAACUGCCAAGGCCCCAGGCUCUUGGGAGACAGCAGGAGGGAGGUCUCCGUGGGCAGAGGAGGCUGGUUUCCCUCCUGGGAGCCCAAGGGCAGAACAAGCCACUUGGUCAGUCAACAAAGGUCUCCCUCCCCGAGCCCUGCAGUGCAGCCUGGGCUCGCCCAACCUCAGUUUUCCCACCUGGGGGUGGGCGAUCAGUCCUCCUGGCUGCUGACAGGGCCUGGCCAGGAUGGUGCCUGACCCUGGGGCCUCAGCCUGUUUGUCCCAGGGUGCAGCUGUUUGUCCCUCAUCACAAGGUCCCUUCUGCCCAGGUUGCUGGGGACCCACCUUGCUCCCUUGACUCCGGGGCUGGAUUGCCCAUGCCUGACUUGUACCCCCAGAGCCCCCCAUUGACCUCAGGACCCCAUUUGCACACUGGGGCAAGGAACAGAGCCGGGAGGGACUGGGCCUAGGGAUGCAUCCCCCACCACAAACCAUGUGACCUGGCCUGAGUCUGGAUCCAGCCUCUGCUACUCUCUGAGCCAGACAAGGCCCUGCCCCUCCAAGCCUCAGUUUCCCCUUCUGUAAAGCAGGGUUGUUGAUGGGGGAGAAUGGAUCGGUGAGGCUGAGUCAGGCUUCUGCACCGAAAAUGGUGGAACCCUUCCACAGAGGAGAUAAAAUCAGAGGAGAGGGAUGGGGCGGUGUGGCCUCAGGGCUGGUGACUCAGGGCACCUGGGGCCACCCCUGCCUGUGCCCUGGCCCAUCCUCUGCCCUCGUAGCCUGGGUUCCCUCUCCCGGGAGGCGCUGCCCAGCUCUCCCUCCUCUGCCUGGCUGAGGAGCCCCGCUCCCCAGCACCUCCCAGCGGGCCAGGCGGCUCUGCCCCAGGACCUUUACACAGCCUGGCCCGGCCUCCUCCCAGGGCACCUGAGUCCCACUUGCUUCUGACCUCAGCUCCGAUGUCGCCCUCCCUGGCCACUGGCAGGCAGGAGCCUGCACCAAGCGUGUCCCUGACCUGCACACUCCUAGGCCCUCACAGGGACAGUCUUUUCCAAGGGCCUCCUCCAGGGCAGGCCAGGGCCAGGGCUUGGGGACACGGCUGGCCGCAUACACCUGAGUCCACUCCCAGGGGACAGGGUGGGGUUCCCCGAUGUUCCCUCGGGUCACCACCUCAGCAUCACUGCUCCUCCCCCGCCCACAGCUGGGAAACUGAGGCCAAGAGGGCGCUGUCCCCUGCCUGGUGCCCUCACAUUGGACCAGGCGGGGGCAGUUCUGGCAGCCAGGCACCCUCAGGUCAGAAACUCCACAGGCAGGCGGGGGAUUUAGCUCAGUGGCAAAGGCAUUUGCCUGCCAGCCCUAGGUCGUGAGUUCAAUCCCUGGUACCAAAAACAAACCAAAAAACCCACACAAACUCCACAGGCCUGGGUGACUGACUUGGGGGUGAUGGUGCACAAUGUAUAUAGCACUGUUGGCCUUGAUGGACCUUUUGAAAUUUUUUUUUCUUCACUUUUUUCUCCUUGAAAUAAAAGGGAUUUGGGAAAAAAAAAAA